GCCUGAUGUUAGCGGCUAACAGCCCACACUGCUGGUUGUACUGGAGGCACGGAGGCGUUUGAAUACUUAAAGUACUGGGUGUUUUCCAGCAGCUUUCUUUACCGGUAGCGUAAACGCGGACAAGGCAUUGAACCAGGGAGGCUAACAUAAGAAAAAAAUAAAGGGCAGCCCACCGACAGGCCGCAAAUGGAGCCGGGGACCUCGCGUGAAAUUCCGAGCCGUGCGGGGUGCCCUAAACCGGCCGGUUUGCGGGAGGAGACCCCGGGGAAGGAGGCGAAGGGCGGAGAGGGGAGCAGCGUCAUGAUGAAGCGGAGAGGAGCGGACACAGACACCGCGGAGGAGGUGAAGGCGCCUUGGGAGGAGGAUGAUGGAGAUGCUGAGAAACAGGUUCAAACCGAAGAGGGAGAGGAUGCUGGCAAAUACGAGGAGGAACUGGACCCAAGAAUUCAGGAGGAGCUGGAGCACCUCAACCAGGCCAGCGACGAGAUCAACAAGCUGGAGCUGCAGCUGGACGAUGCCAGGUCCAGCUACAGGAGGAUUCUCACUGAUUCUGCCCGGAAGCUCAACGCUCAGGGCUCCCAGCUCGGUGCCUGCAUUGAGAAAGCGAGGCCCUACUACGAAGCCCGCAGACUGGCCAAAGAGGCCCAACAGGAGACCCAGAAGGCAGCCCUGAGAUAUGAGAGGGCUGUAUCCAUGCACACUGCUGCCAGAGAGAUGGUGUAUGUGGCGGAGCAGGGCCUCUUGGCUGACAGGAACACCAUGGACCCCACCUGGCAGGAAAUGCUUAACCACGCCACCGCCAAGGUGAACGAGGCGGAGGAGGAGCGCCUCCACAGUGAGCGCGAGCACCAGCGGGUCACACAGCUCUGCCAGGAUGCAGAGGCUCGAGUCCAGACCCUCCAGAAAGCCCUGAAGAAGGUCAUCCUCAAGUCCAAACCGUACUUUGAACUCAAGGCUCAGUUCAAUCACAUUCUGGAGGAGCAUAAGGCCAAAGUGGUUCAGCUGGAGGAGCAGGUGGCUAAAGUAAAAACACGUUACUCUGUGGCCCUGCGGAACCUGGAGCAGAUCAGUGAGCAGAUUCACGCACAGAGGGGGCGAAUCAGGGCCAACAGGGGGCGUCCUGCAGUCUGCGGGGGGCGGAGCUCCCCCGUGGGCGCCGAGGCCGAGGUCAGAGCCACCGUCGGGAUUCACGUCAGCGCGGUUGGAGGGAUAGAGAGCGACUGGGCCGACGGCGAGAAAACUCGGCUGUGGGUGGAGAGGCACAGGGAGAGCGGCUGGGGCCAGAGGGAGCGGCUGGAGGCGGAGCAGGCCGGCUCGGACUGCAUGUCAGUCAUCAGCCUGCAGACCAUCGCCUCCGACCUGGAAAAGUGCGACUCAGUGGAGCACCUCGGUGACCUGAGCGACGCCGGGAGCGUGCAGCUGGGUGAAGAGUGGGAGCACAGCAGGAAGCCGAACGAGACGCCGGCCAGCAGGGAGGUGGCGACCCAGGGGCCCCAGCAGGAGAGAGCCCACCAGGAGAAGGCAGUGGCUAGCAAAGAAAAGCAGGAGAGCUUUGUCAAGCAGCACUACAGAAGUGUUAGUCUAUGAUAAUCAGCAAGAGGAGGAAGCUGAUGAGUGGUGAGGAUAAGGAUCAUGGUGAGUGUAUGAUGGGGGAUCAGAGAGAGAGACAGAAAGCACCCUGAGUCAGAGCUGGUAGGUUGACAGUGAUUGACACUGUGCCGCACUGACACUGCAGUUAGGAAUAGGAGGGCGGGUUGGCAGGUACACUGGCUGCACACUAAUGAAUCUCUGCGUGGCAGCAAUAAACUGAGAGAGCAGUCCUGCAGAGAGCACUGACCUCUCCUCACACUUUGCAGCGUCUGAUCCAGUCUCUUGCUCCACACACUGAAACGUCAACCACAGCGCAUUAGGGAAAACGAAUCACUGCAGGCAACGAAACAGGCCAUUUAGAGACAAUGCAAACACAAGCUGGUGUUUGAGUCACACAUCUGGUUUUCUAAUGCCCCCCCCCCCGCAAACCAUUUAAAAAAAAGCGGCUCACCAUGUUGACACGGUGUCGGUUGAUGUUGGUUUGCUCCAGGGAUGAGACGA